CUAUGGUACAUCACCUGAGUUGUGGGGUAAAUGUAGAGAGUGUCAAUCAAAGGCAGAGCUCAGAGCUGGGAAGGAGCUCUAGAUGGCGGCUGUGCCUUAGAGAGAGCGCGCUGAGCUCCGUGCCUUCCCAACACUUUACGCAACUUUCCCUAACUUUUGGGCAGCCUCAGGGGGCCCCCAGAGCCCCUUACCUGUUCUAGGCACGAAUCGGGGGCUAACUGAGCCUUUUUCGGGCAGAAAAGCAGCUUUUGGAGGCUCUCUUUUCGUGCCUUGCUGGAAAGAAGAAGCCGUGGAGAGAGCCCAGGUCGUUGUUUUUCCAGCUUAGAAGCCAUGGCGUACCUCCAUUUUUGUGCGCUCUCCUAAUGAGCUUUUCCCCCGGACAUUUUUUGUACUAAUUAUCGCUGCUUUUGCUUUCACAGCAGUAUAUUUUUGGGGAUUAGAAUCUAUUUAUUUUUUAUUAUCUAAAAAUAUAUCGUUGUCGUUUUACCUCCAAAUAUUUUGCAUCUGAUGUUUUUCCACUACCCGAAACUAAUAUCGGCUUGGUCCUGGCGGUGGUGCAUGGAUCAGCGUCAGGACUUUGUUCUUGAUAACGAAAGCCAAUGAAACAAACUGGGACCUUACCUUUCUUUCAACUUUUGACAGUAAAUACCUGGGCACAGGACAUCAAAGCAAACACAGAUACCCCCCUUUAAUAUUUAAGAAUUAAAAGAUGAUGAGAAAUGAGGACAAAAGCCAAGGAGAGGAGGGUUCAGUACACAGCAAUGCAUCGAGUCACUCAGCAUCUGAAGAGGCCUCUGGCUCCGACUCUGCAAGCCAAUCUGAAAGCGAGCAGGGGAGCGAACAGGGCAGUGAGCAUGGCAGUGAGACAAACAGCAGCUCAGAGUCCUCCGAAAGCCAGUCUGAAUCUGAAAGCGAGUCAACAGGUUCGAAAUCCCAGCAGACCCCACCUGAAACCAAAGAAAAACCAGCCAGCAAGAAGGAAAGGAUAGCAGAUGUAAAAAAGAUGUGGGAAGAAUAUCCUGAUGUUUAUGGGGUUAGGAGAUCAAACCGAAGCAGACAAGAACCAUCGCGAUUUAAUAUAAAAGAAGAGGCAAGUAGUGAAUCUGAAAAUGAGAGCCCAAAAAGAAGAGGCCAGAAGCAAAUGAGAAAACCAGGUAAAUGGAAAAGGGAGGCUUCUGGGGAAGAGGAGGAUGAAAAUGGUGGGGAGCAAGGCUCCAGUGCAGAUAGUGAACCAGAACAGAAGAAAGUUAAAGCCAGGAGACCAGUCCUGAGAAGAGCAGUGGUCAAAGCCAGUGUUAAAAAGCCCCACAAGCCCCAACGUGGUAAGAGGAGAAAGAAACAAGACUCGUCUGAAGAUGAAGAUGAUGAUGAAGAUGAUGAGACUCCCAAAAGGCAAACACGGCGCAGAGCGGCCAAAAAUGUCAGUUACAAAGAAGACGAUGAUUUUGAGACGGAUUCCGAUGACCUGAUUGAGAUGACUGGGGAAGGGGCCGAUGAACAGCAGGACAACAGCGAGACCAUUGAGAAAGUCAUGGACGUCAGGGUUGGAAAGAAAGGAGCCACUGGUGCUUCUACCACUGUGUAUGAGACUGAAGCCAACGGUAACCCCAGCGCUGACUUUGACCCAGAAAAGGAUGAGGGAGAGGUUCAAUACUUGAUCAAGUGGAAGAGCUGGUCGUACAUUCACAGCACAUGGGAGAGCGAAGAGUCCCUGCAGCAGCAGAAGGUGAAGGGCCUGAAAAAAUUAGAGAACUUCAAGAAAAAAGAGGAUGAAAUCAAACAAUGGCUAGCCAAGGUAACUCCUGAAGACGUGGAAUACUUCAGCUGUCAACAGGAGCUCGCUGCAGAGUUGAACAAACAGUAUCAGAUAGUGGAGAGAGUGAUUGCUGUGAAGACCAGCAAGUCUGCAAUGGGACAUUCUGAGUUCCCAGCUCACAGUCGGAAAUUGUCCUCUAAUGAGCCCGAAUAUCUGUGCAAGUGGAUGGGGUUGCCGUAUGCAGAGUGCAGCUGGGAAGAUGAGGCCUUGAUUAGCAAGAAGUUUCAACACUGCAUUGACAGCUUCAGCCAUCGCAACAACUCCAAAACCAUUCCCACUCGGGACUGCAAGGUGUUGAAGCAGAGACCCAGGUUUGUUGCUUUGAAGAAACAGCCUUCUUACAUUGGUGGCGAGAACCUGGAGCUCCGAGAUUACCAGCUGGAGGGGCUCAACUGGCUUGCUCACUCGUGGUGCAAGAACAACAGCGUGAUCUUGGCUGAUGAAAUGGGCUUGGGGAAGACUAUCCAGACAAUAUCAUUCCUCUCCUAUCUCUUCUAUCAGCAUCAGCUGUAUGGCCCUUUCCUGAUAGUGGUGCCCUUGUCCACUCUGACCUCAUGGCAGAGAGAGUUUGAAAUCUGGGCACCAGAGAUUAACGUGGUCGUUUACAUAGGAGACAUGAUGAGCAGAAACACGAUCCGUGAAUAUGAGUGGAUCCAUUCUCAGACUAAAAGGCUGAAGUUCAAUGCACUUAUCACAACAUAUGAGAUCCUCCUCAAAGAUAAGACUGUUCUGGGCAGCAUUAAUUGGGCCUUUCUGGGUGUGGACGAAGCCCAUCGGUUGAAGAACGAUGACUCUUUGCUGUAUAAAACUCUGAUUGAUUUCAAGUCCAACCACAGGCUCCUGAUCACUGGGACCCCGCUUCAGAAUUCUCUCAAAGAGCUCUGGUCACUGCUGCACUUUAUCAUGCCGGAGAAGUUUGAGUUCUGGGAGGAUUUUGAAGAUGAUCAUGGGAAAGGGAGAGAGAAUGGCUACCAGAGCCUUCACAAAGUCCUGGAGCCUUUCCUUCUGCGCAGGGUGAAGAAGGAUGUGGAGAAAUCCCUGCCGGCCAAAGUGGAGCAGAUUCUCCGGGUGGAAAUGUCUGCCCUGCAGAAGCAGUAUUAUAAGUGGAUUUUGACAAGAAAUUACAAAGCUCUCUCGAAGGGGACAAGAGGAAGCACGUCUGGCUUCCUUAACAUCGUGAUGGAGCUGAAAAAGUGCUGCAACCACUGCUAUCUCAUUAAACCUCCGGAAGAAAACGAAAGGGAGACUGGCAUGGAGAUGCUGAUGUCUCUAAUCAGGAGCAGUGGAAAGCUAAUUCUCUUGGACAAACUGCUGACCAGGCUGCGUGAGAGGGGUAACAGAGUCCUGAUCUUCUCCCAGAUGGUGAGAAUGCUGGACAUCUUGGCAGAAUACUUGGCUAUCAAGCACUACCCUUUCCAGCGCUUGGACGGCUCGAUCAAAGGGGAGAUCCGAAAGCAAGCGCUGGAUCACUUCAACGCGGAAGGCUCUGAGGACUUCUGUUUCCUGCUGUCAACACGAGCUGGCGGACUGGGGAUUAACCUGGCUUCUGCAGACACUGUGGUGAUCUUUGACUCGGACUGGAACCCCCAGAAUGACUUGCAGGCUCAGGCUCGGGCUCACAGAAUUGGACAGAAGAAACAGGUGAACAUUUACCGCUUAGUCACAAAGGGGACAGUGGAAGAGGAGAUCAUCGAAAGGGCCAAGAAAAAGAUGGUGUUGGAUCAUCUGGUGAUCCAGCGUAUGGACACCACAGGCCGUACUGUACUGGAUAACAAUUCUGGGAGAUCCAACUCAAAUCCUUUCAACAAAGAGGAGCUGACAGCUAUUCUGAAGUUUGGAGCUGAGGAUCUCUUCAAGGAGAUUGAAGGGGAAGAAUCGGAGCCACAGGAAAUGGAUAUUGAUGAGAUUUUACGCUUGGCUGAAACACGAGAGAACGAAGUGUCCUCGAGCGCCACGGAUGAGCUGCUGUCUCAAUUCAAGGUAGCCAAUUUUGCAACCAUGGAGGAGGAAGAGACUGAGCUGGAUGAGAGGUCCCAGAGGGACUGGGAUGAUAUUAUUCCUGAAGAGCAAAGGAAGAAAGUGGAGGAGGAGGAACGACAGAAGGAAUUGGAAGAAAUCUAUAUGCUGCCCAGAAUUCGCAGCUCCACUAAAAAGGCUCAGGCAAAUGACAGUGAUUCUGAUGCUGAAUCCAAGAGAAGGAUACACAGGUCAUCUGGAUCAGAGAGUGAGACGGACGAUACUGACGACGAUAAAAGGCCGAAGCGCCGGGGGCGCCCACGGAGUGUUAGGAAAGACACGGUGGAAGGAUUUACUGAUGCUGAAAUCAGGAGGUUUAUCAAGGCUUAUAAGAAGUUUGGGCUUCCACUCGAACGGCUGGAGUGCAUUGCUCGCGAUGCUGAGCUGGUGGACAAGUCCAUAGCUGAUCUGAAACGUCUAGGGGAACUUAUUCACAACAGCUGUGUGUCGGCAAUGCAGGAAUACGAGGAGCAGCUGAAAGAAAACCCCGGUGAGGGGAAAGGGCCUGGGAAAAGGAGGGGUCCUACCCUCAAGAUCUCUGGUGUCCAAGUCAACGUGAAAUCCAUCAUCCAGCAUGAAGAAGAGUUUGAAAUGCUGCACAAAUCCAUUCCCACGGACCCGGAGGAGAAGAGGAAAUACUGCCUGACCUGCCGCGCCAAAGCUGCUCAUUUUGAUGUAGACUGGGGAGUGGAGGAUGAUUCUCGUUUAUUGCUGGGAAUUUAUGAACAUGGCUAUGGAAACUGGGAGCUAAUUAAAACGGACCCAGAACUGAAGUUAACUGAUAAGAUCCUACCUGUUGAGACAGAUAAGAAGCCUCAGGGAAAGCAGCUCCAGACCCGUGUCGAUUAUCUGCUGAAAUUGCUGAAGAAAGAUCUGGAGAAGAAGGAAACUGUGAAAGAUGGGGAAGAGACCAAACUGAAGAAGAGGAAACCACGCGUGAAGAAAGAGAACAAAGCUCCCAAAGUCAAAGAUGAGCAUGGAAAUGACCUGUCCUCUCCUCGACACUCGGACAACCAGUCAGAAGAGGGUGAAGUCAAGGAGGAUGGCUUGGAAAAGAGCCCAGUGAAAAAGAAACAGAAGAAGAAAGAGAACAAAGAGAACAAGGAAAAACAGUCAACCACAAAGAAAGAAAAGGAAGGCGAUAAAGAGAAAAAGAAAACAAAGGAUAAGAAAGAGAAGGCCAAAGGUAGCGAGACCAAGUCUGGAAGCAAAGGGAAGCGAUCUCAGGGUCCUGUCCACAUUACAGCAGGGAGUGAGCCCAUCCCCAUUGGAGAAGACGAGGAUGAUGACCUGGACCAGGAAACGUUCAGCAUAUGCAAAGAGAGGAUGAGGCCAGUGAAAAAGGCACUGAAGCAACUGGACAAGCCAGAUAAGGGACUGACAGUGCAAGAACAGCUGGAGCAUACUCGCAACUGCCUCCUGAAAAUUGGAGAUCGCAUCUCAGAGUGCCUUAAAGCCUACUCUGACCAGGAGCACAUCAAGCUGUGGAGAAGGAACCUGUGGAUAUUUGUGUCCAAGUUCACAGAAUUUGAUGCUAGAAAAUUGCACAAACUCUACAAAAUGGCUCACAAAAAAAGAUCGCAGGAAGAGGAGCAGGAGCAGAAGAAGAAGGAGGACAUGGCUGGCAGCAAAAGGCUAUUCCGCCCAGAGCCUUCUGGCUCCAGCCGGGAUUCCCUCAUGUCUCAGUCUCACCUGCCUCCCAACCCUCAUUCUCAGAAACUCCACCUGCCUCCCUCGCACCCUCAGCAGAUGCAUGGGCACCAGCGGGACAACUACAGCCACCCUAGCAAGAGACACUUCAGUAACGCAGAUCGAGGAGACUGGCAGAGAGAUCGGAAAUUUAACUAUGGUGGCAACAGCAACCAGGUCUGGGGUGGAGAACGGCAUCACCAGUACGAGCAGCACUGGUACAAGGAUCACCACUACGGGGAUCGUCGGUCUCGCGGCGACCCCCACCGAAGCUCCGGGAACUACCGACCAAAUAACCUCUCCCGCAAGAGGCCGUAUGAGCAGUACAACAGUGACCGAGACCACAGGGGACACCGAGAUUAUUACGACAGACACCAUCACGAUUCCAAGCGGCGAAGAUCUGAUGAGUUCAGACCCCAGAACUACCACCAGCAGGAAUUCAGAAGAAUGUCUGAUCACAGGCCACCCAUGGGAUACCACGGCCAGGGACCUUCAGACCAUUACCGGUCCUUCCAUACAGACAAAUCGGGGGAUUACAAACAGCCGCUUCCCCCUCCUCACUCCCAGCUCUCGGACCCUCGCUCACCCCCGUCUCAAAAAUCCCCUCAUGAGUCCAAGUCACCCCUGGAUCACAGGUCGCCCCUGGACAGGUCGUUAGAACAGAAAAACAAUCCAGAUUAUAACUGGAAUGUUCGAAAAACAUAAAGCGACUGGGAUCGGAGGGAGAGAGCUCAUCUGAAAUACUUGGUCUGUUGCAACAGUGGCUGCUUUUCCAACCCGGUAACCGGAGACUGAACAUGCUGCUAUCGUCUUGCUGGGUGAAGGAGGAUUUUGGGGAGUGGGCAGGGGCUCUCCCCAGCUGUUAGUUCUGGUCUGGAUUCCUUUUUCAUAUUCCCUUCUCCAGUCUGGCAUUGGAACUGGAUCCAUUGCCCACAGGGGGGGGAACAGGUGUCAUUCUUUGCUUUAGUUUUGUUUUUCAAUGAAGGCUGCAUCCGACAGACUCUUGUGAAUAUUUCACAGCUGCGGAGCUUUCCCCAGAACCAAGAACGUGGAUCGAUGCUGCUUAAGACUUUGUAGACAGCUUUGUAUGCCCAGUCUGAAGUGACGUUACGUGACACAUGCUGCUGUGGGGGGGCAUAACCCAGUCAGGCUGGGCUGUGUGUAACCAGUGUGGGGGUGGGAUGCAUUUGGAAUGGACAGGAGGGCUCUCUUAGAGAAAAUAACUGACCCUGCUCUUAUCAUGGUCCUCCGAGAGGAAGGGGGAACUCGGGGCCUCUCCAGAGUGGCUCAGAAAGGUAGGAGUGGGAAUCCAUCACUUCUCCUGUCUUUAUCCAUUUCAAGAGACUGGCUCUGCUUUGUGCACUUCAUGCGCUCUCUGCAGCACAGGCAAGGACAUGGGAAACAUUCACCUUGGUAAUCUUAAAACAGGUGGAGGUCCUCAAUAUAUGGGGAAGGGACAGAGUCCCUGAGCAGAGCCUUAAUUCCCCCUUCAAACCAGUGAGACAGGAAAUGGAAAGUUACAGGAUUUCCCAGUGGAAGGGGCUCAGGAAUCCGUAACACAAACCCUCUUGCCCCAUUUCUCGCCUGCCGCAGCUAGUAAGGAUGUUCCUUAUGUAGAACAUACUGGCUGGAAGCUGAAUGGUUUGUAGUGGAGGAAAUGGCUCUGGGGGUCAGGGAUCCUGGCUUCUAUACCCCUCUGCUGCUGACCUACUCUGACCCUGGGGCAAAUCACUUCUCUGCACUUCAGUUGCCCAACUGGAGAAUGGUGAUCCCAGUCUUUACUCCUCCUUGUAGCACAUGUUGAAAUCUAAGGGUCAGAAGCUGUAUGCUGGGCUUGGCGAGGGCACCAUGCAGAGUUAAAUGUGAAUGCAAUUGGCUGGAGUUUUCCAUGCAGAGCUCUAUCUUUGCACAAAGCAGUGAGCUGGCCACCUACCUGCCAUAGUUCCAGUGAUCUGCGCUAACUCUAUGAGGAGCGGAAAAUAGCUGUAUUGAAUGAACUUCUGUAUCUUUAAAUUGGGAACUUGCAUAAGUGUUCUGAACUUAGAUUUCUGGUGAGCAAUAGACCAAGGAGAAUCCUAAAUUCUCAGUGUUUAAAAUCCUCAUAGCAGGCCCCCCCAGUCAGUAGGUGUAUAACAAGCCCAGGAAGGGUAAGGGGAGUAGAGUGGUUUGCAGCCAAAUGAAUAGGCUUUACUGCAAACAUUCAUCAAAGUGUUAGGAUCACGGUGCGGCGUGAAGGGGUAAUGUCCAGCAGGGAGGGAUUUGCCAGAACACUUCUAGCAAGUCAGGAGUAGCCAAAGCACAGUGGCUGGCCACAUAACUUCAGCUCCAUCAUCUUUAAGAUGGAGUCAAGGCCCCACGAGACAGGCUACAGGUCCCUAAUGCCAGGCUCUGCCUUGAGGCGAGCAGCCAGGCCAUUCAGAUUAAAUUGGCACAUUUCGGGCUGGGACCUGUAGUCUAUGGGAACUGCAGCUGUGUUCUGAAGACAAGGCCAGUGGCAAACUGCUCAAUUUAAUGCAAAGGGUGCAGACCUUGGGUUCCUGAAAAGGUGGCAAGGUUACCCUCCUUUGGGCAAAAUCAGAACAUUCUUCCCUUUAAAGGCCCGAGGUGAGGUGGAUUUUUAAUUCCCUGCCUGUCUUUUACUGGUAAGUUAUCUUGAAUCUGCAGGUAUCCAGAGUAAGGACCAGAAUGGCCUGAGGGAAGAAUUUCCCCGCGGCGCUUGUAGAGGUGAACAGCCGUAGACAUCCAAACCAGCCGAGGCGCCUUCCCAAAGUGAGGGAGCUGACUUCCUUCCUGCUGCGUCUCCCUUGAUUUCCUGGAUGAAUGUAGGUCACAUUUAUUGUUGGAGACCCUGGGGCGGGUGCUUACGACAAAGGCCCUGCCUGCUUGGAGGUGAGGUUGUAAAGGCAGGUCUCGGUUGAGGCAAAGGUGUUAACUCUUCCGUUGGCAGUUUGGAAGGUACACGCAAAUCAACACUAAUAACGCCCAAGCGUCCUGUCUGCUUGGUGCUGAUGGAAUGAUCACUGUGUGCCUGAUCCAUUCUGAGCCCAUUGGUUUAAUGAGGGUAUCUCUGUCCCAUGAGAUCAUUCAAAAGCAACCAUGGUUUGCUGCAAAUGGGAACGACCGUGUGAUUCUGGGUCACAGUGACAUAUGCACAACCCGUGUACAAAAGCUUGUAUACUCGGCGGGCUGGCUGUAUCCAGCUCUUCCACACCAUUAAUUUAACCCCUUCAGUGCCAAGGAACAUGCAGAGCAUGACCUUUAUAAGAGGUCUGGCCGUGUAGCCCAGGAGGGUUGUAUGUCCUGUCAAUGGCACCCAGAGGCAUCUCAGAACUAAGCCUAAGGAGGAUUUAGGAGGCUACCGAAAUGUGGCUGUUUGGUGGCAGGGGAAAUGCUGUGCUUCCCAUUCUUUGAGCUUUCCACAAAACUAAACAGAAGCAAAAUGGCUUUGCUUGCUACAAGGGAACCAGUACUGGCAGCCUCACGCCACCAAGAAUUUCCCUGCAAUAGAAGGAAGGGAGGGAGACUAGCUGUCAUGUCUUUUCCCCCUUUGUAGCGGAGGGCAGAGAUAGUGUCUCUCCCGGCAUGUUUUCACUAAGCUGCGAUGGCAGGUGGCCGCUAUCAUGUUCACAGUGGGUCCUUUCUUUUCAAAGAGGGGUCUUGGCUUACAAUGUGAAUACUAAAUUCACCUCUUCGCCAGGAGGAGCAAAGAGAGAUUUACGUUGUUUUUCGUUCACAUUCAUGAAAUCCUAACAAAAUGUUACGUGCCAUAAAGUUGUAGCAAAAGGCAGUACUGGCCAGACCAGUGUUAAGGUUGGUGCAAAACAACCAGAAGCCCAACGAGAGGGGUUUGCUGCCUCCGCAUCGAGGGGCUUGGCGCUCAGGGGUUCCAAUCAGUAUGAAAAGUAUUUUGGUUUUUCUUCUUAAAACAGAAGGAAACAAAAAAUGCACACGUGAAAGCUUUGUCCACAUCCUUUUGAGAGUUGCACUUGGAAGUCAUGUAGGCCUGAUGCUAAAAGAAGGAUUAUUUUGAGUUCUGUCAUGGUGGGUGGAUCUUAACUGGCUUUGGUUUUACAGAAGCUGGAAAAAUCUAAUCUGAGGGAAAUAAUCCCUUUCCACAGGCGCGCACCCUCUGUCCCAAAAUAAGGGACCACAAAAUCAACCAUUGGAAAUAGGCAGUUGAAGGACAAUGGGAGUGGGAGAGGACAGCCCCACAGCCAUAAAUUUCAGUAUGGUGUUCAUGUCAACAUGUGGUGCAGCUGCUCCUAAUAAGCCAGCCAGUGAAUUGCUCUAGUCUCACUGAAGGGAAAAGUUGCAACUUCUUGGUUUGGUUUUGGUUUAUUUAAGCUGUUCUCAGAGUGACAUCACAAACCCCAUUGGAAACCAUGUAAAAAUUGAGUCACUUAUGAAUUUGCACCAGAAAACAAGUCCACAGACCAAAACCUGCUGUCCACAGGUGGUGGUGGUGCAGUGCCCAGCUGAAGUGGGUACUUUAGAGCUCUUUGAGAUCUUUACAUGAACUAUUUAAGUGAUCCACAAAAAAAAAGUACUAGUCUACUUUCAUCCAUUCCCCCCCCCACCUUCCCCUGAGCAAAGGGGGAGAAGGACUCUUACUGUAAAAUUGUGGACUUUUAAACCUGUUGACUAAAACAGUAAUUAAUAUUAAUUUAUAUUUGUGAAAAAAAUGCCACUGUCCUAGUGAUUUCUGAUGUAAAUAUGUUGUUUAUAUAGUAUGUAUUAAAUUUUCCUACACUGUAAAACUGCUGUACUUUUGAUUCUUGUAUAUUAAAAAGUGUUACUGAGAUUUUCAGAA